AUGAUGGCUACGAACCCAGAGUGUGCCAAUUUAGUGACUUUCCUGCAAUUUCUUUGCAUUACAGCACAAGGAAUACUUACCCUUAAACAUAAUGUGUUUGCUCCUAAAAUCCCGCUUCGGCAGUAUUUUUUCCUUAUUAGUUUGUUUUUUGUAACAAGUGUGGCCAAUAAUUAUGUGUAUGCUUUGCAUGUCCCAUCGACUCUUCACAUGAUUAUCAGAUCUGCAGCAUCCCCAACAAGCAUGUUUGUAUGUUGGUUUGUAAAAAACAGAGUUCCAAAAGUCAAUUCAAUUCUAGGCUCAAUCAUAAUAUCUUGUGGUGUUGCUAUAGCCAUGUAUGGUGGUGCAAAAGUAGUUGAAGAGGAAAUUAAAUUCCUUCAUUGGUGUGCUGGCGUAUUAAUAUUACUAGCCACAUUGAUCACUGGUGCAUUUACUGGUCUGCAGCAGGAGAGGUUAUAUUCUGAAUAUGGAAAGUGUCCUGAAGAGAUGCUGUUCUACACACACGCAAUACCACUGCCAAUGUUUUCAGUUGUCCUACCACAAAUGCUAACAAUUGCUGGCAGCCUGUCAACAAGCAUCUGGUCAAUUCUAAUUCUCAAUAUCUUUGCCCAGUUCUACUGUGCCCAUUCCGUCCAUGUUUUGGGUACUAAAGAAACAUCUGUCACUGUAACUUUUAUUUUGACAGUAAGGAAAUUUCUCUCAUUGCUAAUCUCAUCUAUAGUCUUUAAGAAUAGCUUGACAAUGUAUCAUGUGAUAGGGACAGUAUUAGUUGUUGUUGGAACUUACCUUUAUUUUGAUUUCUUUUCAAAGAAACUGCAGCAACCAAUUACUUAUAAAAAUAAGUAG